AUGGCGCGUACCAUGAGACCCGACGACAUCAACCCUCGGACAGGGCUGGUGGUGGCUCUGGUCAGCGUCUUCCUGGUGUUUGGCUUCAUGUUCACCGUGUCCGGCAUCAAGGGGGAGACUUUGGGAGACAUCCCACUGCUGGCCAUCGGGCCGGCCAUCUGCCUGCCAGGCAUUGCCGCCAUCGCCCUCACCAGAAAGACUGAUGGCUGCACCAAGUGGCCCAAGAACAAGCGUCCAUGCUGUAAGGAGAGCAGGGACCGGGACGUGAUGGAGCUGCUGAGAACUCCUUCAGAUCUGGAAUCUGGCAAGGGAAGCUGUGACGAAUUGGCCAAGAAGGUGUACCAGAAGGACCGGAGAGUAUUGCGGGGUGAGGACUCGGUGUCCAUCUGCACCACCACCACCUCAGCCACCACAGGAGAGUGCAAGAUCCUCAUCAGAAAGGUGGACCAGGAGAAGAUGCUGAGGUACCUGGAUACCUGCUACCCGGAGAUGCCGGGGAAUGUGUUUGUAGGAGAUGGCUCCACGUACAGUGCCUUAGAGAAGAGCUCUUCUCCCAGCAGGGACAACGCUGCUUGCCCAGACGUCGAAGACAACAUUUUUGUUGUUCCCAAAGACAGUAUCAUUGUCUGCUCCUACAAGGAGAACAGCCCUUACGACAAAUACUGUUGUUACGUAAACCCUACUGGAGUCGCCUCGGACCAGGAGACCAUAGUGUGA